AUGAAUAUUUCUUCCAAGGGAAAUCCUUGUGAAUUCUCUAAUGGCGGUUCACAGGAGUUGCCAAUCUACGGCGUGGCCGAAGAUGUCGUUUCACACCUUCUCGAAGCAAGCUCGAUCUCGAUCCCGGGUACUUCCGAUGAAACUCACUCUGGUUAUCUCUUUUACAGUCUCUCCAUUCUCAAAGAAAAGGUUCAUCAAGUGCAGUCCCUGGUCAGCAUCUUCAUCUCCCCUAACCAAGGUCAACCGUCCGAGGCCGCAGCCAUGGCCGUAGCCAGCAUGGGCACCCUGAUACAGGAAAUUGUAGUCACUGCAUCAUCCAUGAUGUUCACAUGCCAGCAGAUGGCUCUCGGCGCAACUAACGGUAGCGCCAAGUUCUCCGAUGGAGGGUUAUCGCAGCUGAGCAGUGGGGGCGGUGGCCAUGACCGGCCGGUUAUUUCCAUUGGAGAAGAAAGAGGGCAAGCGUUCGCCUAUUCGAGCGAAAGCCUAGAAUGGUAUGGCGACCACCCUGAUCAAAACCAUAACAAAUGGACUAGUACUAAUGAUCAUAGCACCAAUCCCGGUAAUUGUGCUAUCCGCGCGGUUAGUAGCAAUACUAAAUAUGAGAUGGAUUUAGGGGGAUCAGAUUUGCGUCAAGGAAGGAAAAACAAGAUAGGGUUUCAAGCGAAUGUUUCAUCGAAGAGCUACGACAUAAUCGAACUGGAUGCUGCGGAUUUGUUGGCUAAGUACACACAUUACUGCCAAGUUUGUGGGAAGGGGUUCAAGAGGGAUGCUAAUUUGAGAAUGCACAUGAGAGCACACGGGGAUGCGUACAAGUCCAGUGCAGCCUUGAGCAACCCCUUGAAGAAUAUUAGUACCAAUACUAAUGGCAAUGGAAGCGAGCUUCAGGGGGAAAGCAAGGAGAGUGGUGUGAUGAAAUUGCCGAGGAAGUACUCGUGCCCGCACGAGGGGUGCAGGUGGAACCAGAAGCAUGCAAAGUUCCAGCCACUGAAGUCCAUGAUCUGUGUCAAGAACCACUACAAAAGGAGCCACUGCCCGAAGAUGUACGUGUGCAAGCGGUGCAACCGGAAGCAGUUUUCGGUGCUCUCGGACUUGCGAACGCACGAGAAGCACUGCGGCGACAUCAAGUGGCAGUGCUCCUGCGGAACGACGUUCUCCCGGAAAGAUAAGCUGAUGGGUCAUGUUGCUUUGUUCGUCGGCCAUGCUCCUGCCAUCAACAUUGCUGCAACAAAUAAAGAGGGAAAAAAUGAAAAUCUGAUGGAUUUGGAGGAAAGAUAA